AUGGGGCUCCCCAGUGUCCAGCUCCAGCUGGUGCUGCUGUGGGCACUGGUGUGGGCACGGGUGGCAGGGUCUGUGUGUCCCUCCUGUGGGGGCCCCCCGCUGGCACCCCACGCAGAGCGAGCUCUGGUCCUCAAGCUGGCCAAGCAGCAAAUCCUCGAGGGGCUCCAGCUGGCCAGUCGUCCCCGGAGGACCCGUCCUCCACCGCAGGCGGUGCUCACCAGAGCCCUCCGGAGACUGCAGCGGGGAAGAGUGGUUCCCGCGAGUGGGGAGCAGGUCGUCAGCUUUGCUGUCCUCACAGACUCCUCCACCGCCACCUGCAGCUCCACGCUCGCCUUCCACCUGUCCGCCCCUCGGUCCCACCACCUGUACCAUGCUCGCCUCUGGCUGUCCGUGCCCGCCACCCUUCCCGGCCCUCUUUCCUUGAGGAUUUUCCGAUGGGGGGGCAGGAGGAGAGGCCGCGGGUCCCGCGUCCUUCUGGCUGAGCACCGGUUGACAACCCCGGGCUGGCACGCCCUGACUCUGCCCUCUAGCGGCUUGAAGCGCGAGGAGUCUGGUGUCUUGAAACUCCGACUGGACUGCAGUCCCCUGGAAGGCAACUGCACCGUCGCCCCACAGCUCCUGGACACAGCAGGAGAGCAACGGCCCUUCCUAGAACUUAAGACCCGGCCCAAAUGGCCUGGAGCAGGCCGGGCCAGGAGGAGGACCCCCAGCUGUGAGCCUGCGACCCCCUUAUGCUGUCGGCGAGACCAUUACGUAGACUUCCAGGAGCUGGGAUGGCGGGACUGGAUCCUGCAACCCGAGGGGUACCGGCUGAAUUACUGCAGCGGCCAGUGUCCCCCCCACCUGGCUGGCAGCCCUGGCAUUGCUGCCUCCUUCCAUUCUGCUGUCUUCAGCCUCCUCAAGGCCAACAACCCUUGGCCCUUGGGUACUUCCUGCUGUGUCCCUACUGCCCGAAGGCCUCUCUCUCUCCUCUACCUUGACCGUGAUGGCAACGUGGUCAAGACAGAUGUGCCGGAUAUGGUGGUAGAGGCCUGUGGCUGCAGCUAG